GUCCAUAUAACCCCCUGAAGUAUUGGCACUUUCUCACAUCAUACCCCGAACUUUGAAACCGUCUAACGACCACAUUAAACUAUGCCAAACCGUCUACUUGACCCCCUCGGCCGGUUUUGCUCCCUGGUUUUGCGUACGUGGUGGCUGAGUUGGACAGUGGUUUCCACGGUGGCCGCGGGACCCCACUCGUCAGGCCGCUGGAGGGUGAAAUACGCCUCCCCCUCCCUCUUUGCUGUCUUCCUCUCGCUCUCACUCCGACGGCACCUACCGGAGCUAGGGUUUCCGGCGACGCAGAAGACGGUGGAGGCGGAGGUGAAGAGGGUGGAGGCGAAGCUCGGAGCUGCAGCGGUGUUCCCAUGGCGGAAUCCAGCGCCCGUUCUUCCUCACGGCAAUCUGGCUCAACCGGCAAUGGUGGGGGCGCCGGUGUUGUGGUGAGUGGCUCUCCCAUCCGGUAUCGCGUCGGCCCCUUCUUCUACGAACCACCGGUGAAGUGCAAAUGCCGCAACUCGAAGAAGUGUCCACGGUGGAUCUCCUGGAGCGUGGACAACCCCGGCCGUCGCUACUACCGUUGCCAAAUGGCCAAUACGAGUGAGGAUUGUGGUUUCUUUGAGUGGUUGGAUCCACCCUGUUCUCCAUGGAUGAGGGAGGUUUUGCUGGACAUGAAGGCAGAAGUCUUCAAGUUGAAGAGGGAGAGUGGACAAGCUGUUGGUGAUGAGGAGAUUUCAGAGAUUCAACAGAUGAACCAGACAUUGCAGAGGCAACUGGUGAACAUGGAUGCAGACCUGGAAUCCCAGAAAGAAGAGGUGAGGAAGAAAGAUGGGGAACUGGCUCUGAAGUGCUUGGAGUUAGUUGAACUGCAGUUGAAGCUGAAGGCAGCAAAGAACAAUUGGAGCACUUGUUCUGUGUUUAUGAUUGUAUUUGUGAUGGGCAUUUUCUGUGCUUUGUUUGGCAAGAUGAUGUAAUGGCAUGUAAUAUGUGGUAGCUACUGUUGAACUUGUAGUAUGACAUGUAGUAUGUGGCAACUAUGUUUUGCAUUCCUUUCAAUUCUCAGCAAAUUGUGUACUGUCUGUGUCAAUCAUGAUAAGAAAUUCUGGAAUUGAAUGGCAAA